GUAAAAACAUCACGACUGGUUGGAGACAUCGACAGUGUAACUUACAAGGAUGACAAGUUUAAGGAUUACAUAUCUCUUCUUGGUCAUACUAGCUUUGACACACGGAGUCCCUAAUACAGGAAACACAAAUUGGAAUCAAAUGGCAAGAGACAGUCUGGAAGAAGCUCUGAAAUUGAAGCAAAUCAACAAGGUUGCAAAGAAUAUCAUACUGUUUAUUGGUGAUGGACUCGGGCUCUCAACCGUGACAGCUUCAAGGAUACUCAAAGGUCAAAAGAUGGGUAACCCUGGGGAAGAGACUGUUCUCGAGUUCGAGAAAUUCCCAUACGUAGCCCUGUCUAAGGUAUACGGCUCUGAUAAGAUGGUGCCGGACUCCGCCGCCACAGCCAGUGCCCUGAUGUGUGGUGAGAAGACAAACUGGUACCUUGUUGGAACCCGAGAUCCGGUAGCUAUCUCCGAUUGUGUCGCCUCUAAAGCCGAGAACAUGAAGAUGACGUGCAUUCUGGACCAUUUUAUAGCUGACGGUCGGUCUACGGGAGUAGUGACAUCAGCCCGUGUCACCCACGCCACGCCCGCCUCUGCUUAUGCUCAUACCCCAAACCGGGAUUGGGAGGGGGACUACCAGACGGCUGGUAUCCCCGGGGACUGUAAAGAUAUUGCCUAUCAGCUGAUAUAUGACAACAACGACAUCAAUGUUGUGUUUGGAGGAGGACGCCGGUCGUUCCUACCCAAUACUACAGUAGAUCCAGAAACUAACACCAUCGACAAGCGGCAUCGUCAGGAUGGACACGAUCUCAUACAGAUAUGGAAAGAUAUUCAGCGGACCAAGGGACAUAAACAUGACUAUGUAUGGAACAAGGGUCAAUUUGAUAACAUCAACCCCGAGGAGGUAGACUACGUACUAGGAUUGUUUGGAUCGAGCCACAUGCAGUACGUACUAGAUCGUGACCCCUCCCCAGCCGGUGAACCAACCCUGGCAGAACUAACGGAGAAAGCAAUUAACAUACUGAAGAAGAACGAUAAAGGGUACUUUAUGAUGGUAGAAGGUGCCCGUAUAGACCACGCCCAUCAUGAUAUCUUAGCUCAUUACGCCCUAGAGGAGACGUUGGCCUUAGAGGCGGCGGUCAAAAAGGCUGCCGAUAUGACGUCAGAGGAGGAUACUCUCAUCAUUUUCACCGCCGAUCACUCUCAUGUGUUUAACAUUGGGGGCUAUACACGGAGAGGGAAUCCUAUUUUCGGUAUCUCUGAACCACAGUCUGACGAGCCUCCACUUGACAAUCUCCCAUACACCGUGCUAAACUAUGGUAACGGGCCAUCUCGAGUCCUCAACGGAACACGAGUCAAUCUGACCGGAGUCGACACAGCUGCUAAAGACUAUUUACCUGAGAGUGGGGUCCCCUUGGCUUACGAAACUCACUCCGGAGAGGAUGUCGGGAUAUAUGCCCGUGGCCCAAUGGCACAUCUCCUCCAUGGAGUCCAGGAACAACAUUAUGUAGCUCACGUGAUGCAGUAUGCUGCUUGUGUUGGACACUUCAGAUCUGACUGUAACCGGGAUGUAAAUAAUGGCCGACAGCUUAUGCCUAGUCUUAUGGUUAUCUUCUUGUCGAUAUGUUUUAAAUAUGCAAAAACAUAUUUUGUGAUAUAUUAACAAUGUGUUUGUAAAACAUGAAUCAUAACUAAUCCCCAUGUAUCGAAUUCAUCUCGGUGAAUAGCAUCAUUUAUCAUAGAAUAUUUUCAGGUCUUUUAAAGACUUUCAUAAUUGUUUAUUUCUUCUGAAAAGGAGACUUUAAAAUAAAGUCUAUGGGAAUGAGAUUCAGCUAACGUAAAAGCGAUUUUAACCUGGAUCACAUUAAACUUCUUCGUUUGCAAUUUUUUUGUCUAAAACUGUUGUUUAACACACUUGGAAUAUUUGUUAAUAACGUCAUGCUGCGGAUAUUUUGACCGUUGGAUUUGAGAACUGAGCUAUGUGGUCGCCAUUAAAAAGACGGGGAAAUCAAUAGGCUAUUACAUGUAUGUAUAUUGUGUUUAAUUAGAACCCGAAUGCAUGCAUGGUGCUGUAUCUUUCUCGUGAUAAAUGUAUGUAAUGUCAGCUUGGUGAAAAUGCCUAUAUGUAUAUUGUUUGAUAUGACAGGCAUACUUACAUAAUACUGCACAUCGCGACAAUCAGCAAAGCCUCAACUUGCGGACAGUGAGUGAUAAUGUCGUUGUUUUUUUUUUUUCAAAAGAUCAUUUGAUUCUACUCUCUAAAGGUGAUAAAAUGUGGCAUAUGGCGUGACUUGCAUCGUUUGUUUACAUUUAUCUCACUUAGUCCUUUGAGCUGAUUUUACUAGGUUUAUAUACAUGUAGUGACAUCGCAGCGCGAAUGUAAAGGCGAUGGCAUGUAAAAGAUUUGAUUAGUGCGCAAUCCUUUUUUUCGCCAUAUAAUUAGUUGAAAUUGAAAAUGUACAUAUUCAUGAACUUACAUCCUGUGUAUAUAUUGAAGACAUCUCGUAUGCAUGACACUAGCUUACACCUAGAUAAAUUGAGUUAUGUUAACAUAAAUGCCAUUGAAGUGAUAUAAGGUUUUAACGAGAGAUGACGAAAUCCAUAUGGUGUCAUUUGACAUAACAUGUAGUUAAAUUCAUUGUGUGUAUAUCAGUGUAUAUACAAAAUAUAAUAUUGUAGGUUCUACUACAAUGACACUAUCUGAAAACCGAGCAAAUUAUAAUAUAUGUAUGCAUACAAAUUUUAAUCAGUUUGUCAUGCGUUCAUUACACUGUAGAUUGAACUUACUAAGUUCGGGAACAGAGAUAGAAAUCCGAAUUUUGUCUCAUACAGAACAUCUCAUAAAAACAACGCCAUAAACAUUCGUAGCGAUAAUAGGUUUACAUGUUUUUAACAAGAGGUUAACAUAUUAUAAUCUUGUAGCGUUCAUAAUAUUUCAUAUGUCGUAAUCAGGUUGACAUCGUAUAGAAAUGAUUCUGUAUUCAUAGAAUAUUGUAUUCAUUAUCAAUUUCAUGUAAAUGGAUAUCAUGACACCGAAAUAAAAUGUAACAAAUGUA